GAAUGGGCUGACAUUUUGUAGGGACGCAGUUGGCAACGUCACUUCUUUGACUGCAAGGGUUUUUUUUAUAUGAACAGGAUUUAUCUGUUCCCGUUUCGAUACUUCUAAUAAUUAUAUAACCAUUUGUCAUUGUGAAUAAUCAGGUGAUUAUAAAUUCAGAAGCAACCAAGAGUUUCAGCUUCAGACUUCGGUAUUAAUAUGUCGGUAGGUCCAAUAGAAAACUGUUAUAUUGGCGUAAGACCGUCGAAGGCUUUGCAGGAUUACAUAAGAGCCAUCGAGAGCGAGGACGGGAUGCCGAUAAAUGUAUUGAAUUACAGAUCCGCGGAAGAGUCUGCUGACCCUAAGCCGAAUUGCAUGGAAGUAUUGUUCGAUCCGUCCAAUAAGAAAUUCCUCGAUUGUUUGGAUAUGGAUAAGGCGAAGGACCAUUACCAGAUGAAGGAUGGCCGCGUCGACAAUGGAUGCGACGAUUUGCUGUACCUAAAAGAUUUGCACUGGAUAAGGGAUCAUAUCGACGCUGGCGGCGACCGUAAUGUGCACUUCAAUGAACUCUUCGAGGGAUCGAUCCUCGUCGUUCCGAAGAACAAGACAGUCACUCGUAAUCAGGAACUCGAGAAACGUUGCAUCCGCUUGCGAGCGCAUCAGAUGAACAGAGAGUACUAUGAUAUGGUGAGGAACGUGGACGGCUCAAGAAGGAGGAAUUUCGAGGACAGUAUUCCGCAGAUGAAGAAGUGUAUCGAGACGGAGAUGAUUGUCGUUUUCCAGUUCAUCGUUUCGGUGCUCGCAAGUUUCUUCUUUGGAUACAUCGGCAUGGACUGGUUGUUUGGCCCGGAGAAAGAAGGAAAUCGCAUAAUACGUGGCGUGAUGAGCGCAUUUCUUGUCGCCGUAGCAGAAUUCUAUUUCCUUCUCAAGAAGUUCAUCGUUCACUUCAACAUGAACAUAGAUAAUUCUGUUUACAAUCGUAUAUGAAUUCCCGGAAGAAAACAACUUGAACGCACGCUUUGAAUAGGUAAUUGCUUAUGGAAAUAAUCACUAUCCCAUUUAGAUUUAAAGCUUCUUCAUUAUUGUUUUACAAAAUUCUAGUAACAUUGAGAUACCAUUAAUGUCAAGUAUCAAAGUACGAAAAUAGAAUAAGAAUGUUUGAUGUAUACAUUGUAUACAUUUUAUUACUCAAUGUAUAUAAUGUAUACUAUUAAUGUUAGAGGAAAACAAUGUAAUCUAAGCUUAGAAUGAUCCAUAUAUCCAUUAUAUAACGCUAAUGCUUGUACCCACUAUAAUAUACUAAUAAAACUAAUCCGAAUAUCAACGUACUCCAUCUUAUCAUCGUUCCUAAUUUCAUUAUUUGUUUGAUGAAACUUAACUAAUUUAACGAUAGUUAACAACAAUGUAUCGUCACAAAAAAAAAAUAAGAGGAUGAAAGCGAUACCGCAUUAUCGUCGUUCGAACUUUGCGCUCGUUUUCUCAUGUUUGUAUAAACAUAAUCAUGAAUGAUGUUUUACAUGCACUCGAUGAUUCAAUCGCAAUGGAACAAACUUACUCGUGUUUUGGUGAACUAUUUUAUACAAUUCCAGCGCGUGCAAAUCGCUUGCAUAACUUUAUGAAUAAUCUAUGCAAAUCCGUUUCAGAUUAUUUUUACAAAUUAACAUAUUCUCAAUAAAUUGAAUUGUUUUUUACUUGAUUGGGUGAUUUUAGCACCAUUUCA